AUGCCUUCUCAGAAGAACGCCGUUCACUUUGGAGCGGGAAACAUCGGCCGCGGUUUCAUUGGCCCACUCCUUGUUCAGUCCGGAUACCAUGUAACGUUCGCCGAUGUCCAGGACGAGGUUAUUGAUGCAUUGAACAAGAAGGAUACAUACACUGUUCACAUCCUGGAUCAAGAGAAGACGAAGGAGGAGAUUGGCAAUGUGUCGGGUGUGAAGUCCACGGAUGACGAUGCCAUUGAUGCGAUUGCUGAGGCGGACAUUGUUACAACGAGCGUUGGGCCUGAGAUAUUAAAGAGAAUUGCGCCUGCUAUCGCGAAGGGGAUUAGCAAGCGUAGAGAACAGAAGAAGGGUGAUCUCAACGUCAUCGCGUGUGAAAACAUGGUUGGUGCGACUUCGGGGUUGAAGGAAGAGAUUGAAAAGGCCCUGGAAGGAAAGCAUGAGGAUUUGAAAUACAUUAAGGAGCACGUGGGUUUCCCUGAUUGUGAGGUCGACCGUAUCGUGCCUCCCUUCGAAUCAGAAGAUAAGCUUGAGGUUGGUGUUGAGGAUUUUUAUGAAUGGGUUGUUGACAAGACCAAGGUUAAGGGUGAUUUGUCAGGUGUGAAGGGAAUGUCUCUGAAGGAGAACCUCUCUCCCUUCCUCGAGCGUAAGCUCUUUACCUUGAACUGCGGUCACGCUAUGCUUGCCUUCCUCGGCUUCGUCAAGGGCUACAAGACAAUCAACGAAGCAAUUGAAGAUGAGGAGAUCAAGAAGAUUACUCGUGGAGCAUUGGAGGAGUCAGGAGCUGCUUUGAUCAAGAAGCAUGAGUUCGAUGAGAAGGAGCACAAGGAGUAUAUCGAGAAGACCAUGACGCGUUACGCGAAUCCCAACAUCCACGAUGAGCUCCCUCGUGUUUCGCGUAAGCCAUUGAGAAAGUUAGGAGAGAACGAGCGUCUUACUGGCCCGACCAAGAUGUGCAAGGAGUACGGUUUGCCCCGCGAUAACCUCUUGAAGGGUAUUGCUGCUGCGUUUUAUUUCGAUGUUAAAGAUGAUGAGGAGAGUGCCGAGUUGCAGAAGAUGCUCAAGGAGAAGGGACUCGAGGCUACUCUGGAGGAGACCACUGGUUUCAAGAAGGGCGAUGAGGAGUAUGAGACUGUUCUGAAGAACUAUGAGGAUUUGAAGAAGUGGAGGAAAUAA